AUGGAGAACGUUACUGCUGUGACCCCUUUGUACACCGAGUCCCCUGCCGACUACGCAGGAGGCUCGCGUCGCCGUGCGCAGCGAAUCGACCCUACGAAGCUCAAGACGAAGGUGUGUCGCAACUACGCGCUCGGCCUGCCCUGCCCGUUCGAGCAGCGCUGCGCCUUCUCCCACGGUGACGCCGCGACGCGGUCGCCCACCACCGGGGAUGCCGAGGCCUUCAGCCCGAACCACGGCCGCAGGGCCAGCUUCACCACCCGCGAUGACGACGCCUGCGUACCGACGACGACCGCGAUGCGGCGGGUCGAGUCCGACAGCGCCGAACUUGACGCCUCAUCCAGCGAUGGCGUCUCAGACUCCGCCGGGAUGCCACCGCCGGCGUACGAAAUCGCGAUCCAGGAGGAUAUGGUCGGGCUAGUCGACGAACACGCCCUCCCUCCGGCCUAUCCCACACGCUACCGCUUCGACCCCUACAGCUAUUCCAGCGUUCGGUACGAGUAG